AAAACACAGUCUCUGGAGUUAGCCUACCAUGGUUGAAUGCCUGCCUGCCACGCCAUCUGGACAUGUUAUUUCACAUCUCAGAGCCCCACUUUCCUCUUCAGUGGCUUAAUGAUGAUAAUGCCCACCAGACAGCACUGUGUUAUAUAUUUACCUGAACGCUGUGUAUACAGUCCUUAGCACACUGUAUGGCUCAGAGUGAGUACUUCAACAUUUCUGUUGGUAAUCAAUGCUAUUGGGAUCAAUGAAGUCUCAGUUGGCUCAUUAGGUGCUGAGCAGAGUCUACUCGGACUUAUUGGUGAUUUAUUAUUAUUAUUAUUAUCAUUAUUGCAUGGUGCAUUUCUAGAUCUCCUACCUACUGAUCUCCUUGAGGGAGGGGAAAUGCAAGAUAUCGGGCCAGAUGGAAGACAGCCAACAUCUUUCCAGAUAAAUCCUUGCCCCACUCUCGCAAUAGGCUCCUUGUUGGAAUUUCUCAGGAGCAAGUUGGCCAGUGACCAACACGUGGGUGACCGAGGGGCUGUGGGUGUGAGCAGGGCUUUAGAAGACUCAGGAAGAGGAGGAGCUGGAGAGAAGUGAACUGUGGGUUCCUCGACGCAGGCUGCCGUACAGACCACAGCCUCUCUGUGGUCUAGAAAACAGGAGAAAGGAUGAGCACACCGGGAGACCCAGCCCAACCAGACCUUGAAAGUUGCAGAGGCACCAUGAGUGCCGAGGAGGACGCCAAGUGGCUUCAGUGGGUGACACACCAGUUUGAGACCAUUGCGGGAGAAGACCGGGAGAUCAACCUGCAAGAAUUCAAAACAGCCUUGAAUGUGAAAGAGUCCUUCUUUGCCGAGAGAUUCUUCGCCCUGUUUGACUCCGAUGGAAGUGGCACCAUCACGCUCCAGGAGCUGCUGGAGGCGCUGACCCUGCUCAUCCACGGCAACCCCAUGGACAAACUCAAAUUCCUCUUCCAGGUGUACGACGUUGACGGCAGCGGCUCCAUCGACGCGGAUGAGCUGCGCACCGUGCUGCAAUCGUGCAUGCGCGAGAGCGCCAUCUCGCUGCCAGACGAGAAGCUGGACCAGCUGACGCUGGCGCUCUUCGAGUCGGCCGACAAGGACAACAACGGCGCCAUCACCUUCGACGAGCUCCGGAACGAGCUGCAGCGCUUCCCCGGGGUCAUGGAAAACCUGACCAUCAGCGCCGCCCACUGGCUGACGCCCCCUGCCGCCCGGCCGCGCAGUCGCCGUCCUCGCCCUCUGACCUCCGCCUACUGGCACAACCACCGCAGCCACCUGCUCUGCCUGGCCGCCUACGCGGGCCUCCACGUGCUGCUCUUCACUCUGGCGGCCUGCGCGCACCGGGCCCUGGGCGCCAGCGUCAUGGUGGCCAAGGGCUGCGGCCAGUGCCUCAACUUUGACUGCAGCUUCAUCGUGGUGCUGAUGCUCAGACGCUGCCUCACUUGGCUGCGGGCCACGUGGCUGGCUCAGGUCCUGCCGCUGGACCAGAACAUCCAGUUCCACCAGCUCAUGGGCUGGGUGGUGGUUGGGCUCUCCCUUGUGCACACCGUGGCCCACGUUGCGAACUUCGCGCUCCAGGCUCAGUCCGGGGCCAGCCCCUUCCGGUUUUGGGAACUGCUUCUCACCACGAGGCCCGGCAUUGGCUGGGUCCGUGGCUCCGCCUCCCCGACCGGAGUGGCGCUGCUGCUGUUGCUGCUCCUUAUGUUUGCCUGCUCCAGCUCCUGCAUCCGAAGGAGCGGCCGCUUUGAGGUGUUCUAUUGGACUCAUCUGUCCUACCUCCCCAUGUGGAUCCUGCUCAUUGUGCAUGGGCCCAGCUUCUGGAAGUGGCUGCUGGUCCCUGGCAUCUUGUUCUUCCUGGAGAAGGCCAUCGGGCUAGCGGUGUCCCGCAUGGCAGCCCUGUGCAUCGUGGAAGUCAAUCUCCUUCCCUCCAAGGUCACCCAUCUGCUCAUCAAGCGGCCCCCUCUGUUCCACUAUAGGCCGGGCGACUACCUGUAUCUGAACGUCCCCACCAUUGCGCGUUACGAGUGGCACCCGUUCACCAUCAGCAGCGCGCCGGAGCAGAAAGACACCAUCUGGCUACACGUCCGGUCCCAAGGGCAGUGGACAAACAGGCUGUAUGAGUCCUUCAAGACAUCAGACCCUGUGGACUCCAAACGGCUGUCAAGGAGUUUGAGGAUGAGAAGGAGCCAGAGGAAGCCCCAGAGUUUUCAGUGCCAGCCCGUCCGGUCCGGAGCCGCGGUGCAGGGAGCUAUGGCCUCCAGCAAGGAUGUCACCGUGGAGCUGACAUCCUACAGGCCCAGGGGGACUCCACAGCAUGGAGACCCAGGCCCGGUGCCCACAGGGACAGAGGAAUCGGCUCAGGCACAGCGGAGAACCACGUCUGAGUGGGGUCUGGUCUCCGAGAUGUCCUCUGAGAACCAUCUGUUUUGCAACAUCAAGUGCUAUAUCGACGGCCCUUACGGAACCCCCACCCGCAGGAUCUUUGCCUCUGAGCAUGCGGUGCUCAUCGGAGCAGGCAUCGGCAUCACCCCCUUCGCUUCCAUCCUGCAGAGCAUCAUGUACAGGCACCAGAAGAGGAAGCACAUCUGCCCCAGCUGCCAGCACUCCUGGAUGGACAACGUCCAGGAUGAGGACAUGAAGCUCCACAAGGUGGACUUCAUCUGGAUCAAUCGAGACCAGCGGUCUUUCGAGUGGUUUGUGAGCCUGCUGACCAAACUGGAGCUGGACCAGGCCGAGGAGACACGAGAGGGCCCCUUCCUGGAGCUGCAUAUGUACAUGACCUCUGCACUGGGCAAGAAUGACAUGAAGGCCAUUGGCCUGCAGAUGGCCCUCGACCUCCUGGCCAAGAAGGAGAAGAAGGACUCCAUCACGGGCCUCCAGACACGCACCCAGCCUGGGCGGCCUGACUGGAGGAAGGUGUUCCAGAAAGUGGCUGCUGAGAAGAAGGGCAAGGUGCAGGUCUUCUUCUGUGGCUCCCCAGCUCUGGCCAAGGUGCUCAAGGGCCAUUGUGAGCACUUCGGCUUCAGAUUCUUCCAAGAGAACUUCUAGCCUCACCUCUGCCAAACCCACCCCGCCAGCCGAUUUGAUCACAUUGCUUCUGUGCCCCGCAGGGGCCAGCCUCAGAGGGCCUGCCUAGUCCUGCUCCACACCCGGCACAGGAGGGCCCAGGGGCAGAUGGACUUCCUUCAGGACCCAGGGGACAGGGCAGUGGCCUGCGCGGGGGCCGCUGUGCAUUCUGGGAUUGCUGAGAAACUGAUCAGACCCAAGGCGCCGCGGAGGGGGGUGCAGAGGGCGCUUGCCAGGCGACUGCUCCUCCCAAAGUCCUCGGAGGAAGCCUUCCCCUACAACAGUGGUCCCAGACCUGCCUAAUCAGCACAGUCAUUCAGGAUUCUAUCCCAGCAUUUUCUUAUGAAAAUUUUCAAACAUACACACAGCUAAACGGAUCGUACAGUGAACGGGGCUACCCACUUGCUGGGUUCCUCCGUUAACAUGCCGCUGUAUUUGCUUUACUGCAUAUUAUCCGUCUGCCCCGUUCUGUCUCCACCCAUUGAUGCAUCUUGUCUUUCGGAUGCACUUCAAAGCACGCUUUGCUGCUCAGAGGAGCUUUCUUUCCAUGCAGACUCCUGGGCCCCACUCCCAGAAAUUCUGAUUGCGAAGUUCUGGGGAUGAGACCUGGAAGGCAUAUUUUAUUACAAAUCCAUUCAUUCCCUUAGGAAGAGAUAAGCAGCUUAUUUCCACUUCUCUCUAGGUCACUGUCUCCCCAUCUGUGUCCCUUUGCCGUCCCCCGCCUUUCUCUCCCUGCCUCUCUCUACCUCUCCUCUGCGUGCGUCCCUCCGUGCCCUUCCCUUGUUCCACAUGUCAGUUUCUCCCUUCUCUCCAUGCAUGGAGUCAUUAGAGAAAUAGGAAGGUGACAGUCUGGGG